AGCAGCAGGGAAAGUUCUCUCCCCAUCUUGAAUCUCUUGUAAUCACCAUUAGUCUGCUUAUAUAUAUGGAAGUACUUCAAAAUCAUCAGAUCAAUGGUGGCCAAGAAGAGAUCAAGAAUAAGAUGAAGAAGAAACGGUCACGUGGUUUGCACGUGUUCGGUGUCGUUUUGUACAUGCUUCGCCGUCGGAGGAGGAGGACGAGGAGCAAGCCGUUUAAUAACGGGUUUUGGCGGCGAUUUGUCGAGUCUUUUAAUCGUCAUCAGUUGAAAAACGACGACGAUGAUGUUACGACGCUGCCAUCGUCUACUAUUGCGAUAAUGCCACCACCAUCGUCUUCUCCUCCGGCGACAGAGGAGGUUCCGGCGAGUAGUGAUGAUCAGUUAUCGGAGAUGGUUGAGGUUUUCACGGCGACGUCUAGUUCUUGCUCUUCGGGAAUAUCGGGAUACGGAUCAGCAAAGUCGUUGCGGGAUAUGGAUUGUCUCGAUGAAGAAGAAGAUGAUGAUGAUGAUGAUGAUGAUGAAUAUUAUGGUAAUGAUGAUGGAGGUGACGAGAUGAUUGAUGCGAAAGCUGAGGAGUUUAUUGUGAGAUUUUAUGAACAAAUGAGGGUGCAAAACCAGGCUUAUACAGAACGUUACAAUUUACAAACCUAAAGAGAUGAUGAUGGUCUAAUUCGCAUACAUAUUGUAAUUCUUCUAUUCAUUGAAGCAUAUUAUAUUACAUGAGUACUACAAUUUACACACAUAUAUAUAUGCAUGGAGACGUGCUUAUCUA